AUGGCGUACAAUAAGAUGGCUGUGGCCAAGGCUGCCUUCUCCGCCAGUCUCCUGCGCCCCGAUCCCACAUCCGUCCCCUCCCCCGAAAUCAACGCCCUCCACUCCGCCAUUGACCGCGCUCUGUCACGUGGCUCCCCGGCAUACAUCCAGGCCUGCAAAGAACUGCUUUUCCAACAUGUGACCUCGUCCGCAAAUCGCAUCGGAGGUCUGGCCAAGUACCUCGUGAUAUUGGCAGGCCCUCUCGAUGAACCACCCGCAGCUGCUCGGUCCAAUCCUUCACCGAAGCGUCGGAAGCUCCACAUACUCUAUCUCCUUAACGAUCUGCUUCACCACAGCAAGUACCACCUGGCCGGCACGACGACCUUCUCCACAGUGAGCGGAUCCCUGCAACCCUACAUGGUGGACUUGUUGGGAUAUGCGGCGGCCUAUGAUCGACAGAAAUAUCCCCGACAUCAUCGACGGCUCGAUGAUCUGCUGGAAAUCUGGUCCGAGCACGGAUACUUCAGUCCCGACCUGAUUCACCAGCUGCGAGAGGUGGCCAAGGACGCGGCUUUGACUGGCGCCGCCCCACCCUCGUCGACUGAUAUCUUGGCUGUUGAGCUAGAUGCCACAAAGAAUCAAUCUAAGGAGGAGGCUUAUAUCAUACCAAAAACACAUGGUGACCGUAACGGACCAUGGUACGAUCUCCCGGCAGGCAACUUCCUCCACCACUUCGACAUUCCGCUUGACAAGACCAUGCCUGUGCGCCCUGAAAAUAUCAGGGCCAUGGGAAUGUAUGAGGGCCCUGCCCCUCCAGAAACGGUGGAGGUGCUCAAGAAACUCCUGAGGGAGGCAGACGAGAUCUACGACACUGAGGUGACCACCAAGGAUGACGAGGUCCUCGACAUAAACGAGCUGGGCCAAAGAGUUGUCCGAGACGCCACAACCGGUGAUAUUCUCAACGGCCGGACAUACUACGGCUGGUGUCGUCCAUUCUGCCAGGAGAUGAUUCGAAACAGACAUCCAGAUGACACUCGCGGGUCUCAGUCCUGGUCUACAGCUGGUCGGCAUAAGCGUAGUCGACAUGAGUCCCGAUUCCCGCCUCCUCAUCAACCGUCACACUCUCCUCCGCCUCAUCCCGCACAUCCUUACCCUGCACAACCUCGUACCUACCAUAAUGCUCCCCCACCUGAACACUACUCCGGUGCCUCCGGAGCUUGGCCACCUGCCCCGCCCCCACACAUGCCGACCAUUCAAUUUCCCCCACCGGGUAUGGGGAGCAACCCUACAGCCUUCCCUCCACAAUUUACUGGCCACCCAGCCCCGGGUCCUGUUCCUCCCGGACAGCCUCUUCAUCCUUGGGGGCCUCUUCCUCCUGGGCAGAAUCGUUUCCCUCCCCAUUCGGGUGGCCAACAUGGCGGUUCCUAG